CCGCACUCCCGUGGUGGCAGUGCCAUGGUGGCGUCACCACACGCGCCAUGACGUCACACCCGAAUGGCGGCCUCUGCGUCACUGCGGCGCCUCGCAGGAGUUGGCGGCCCACCAGAAGGAAGGUCGCUGUGCAGCCCCGGUGUGACCCUGUUACCCCCGGCUCCUUCUCUGAGCUCUAUCCCAGGUGUGACAUCGGCGGUGACGUCACCGUUACCCAAACCGCCACCGGUGACGUCACUGCAUGCAGCACAGAUCUUUCCCUCCGGGUUCACAGAACCACAGAGGGAUCAUCAGGGCUGGAAGGGAUCCCUGGAGAUCACUCAGUCCAACCCCCCUGCCAAGGCAGGGUCACCUGGAGCAGGUGACACAGGAACGCAUCCAGGUGGGGUUGGAAUGUCUCCAGAGAGGGAAAUUCUACAACCUCCCUGCACAGCUGUUCCAGUGCUCUGCCACCCUCAGUGUAAAGAAGUUCUUCCUCAAGUGGAGAUCAAUCCCAACACGCUUGAUGUUAGACUUGGUGGGAGGAGGGUUAGCAGGCGUGUAAGCAAGAGUGAGAGGAUCACUGACAUUCCUAAUUCCCUAGUAAGUACUAAUAAGUACCAAUAUACACAGGGCUUUAUAAUGUUUUCAAAGGGCAAAAACUCAGAAUCAAAACUCACAUCCAGUCCUAGAUAAUAAAGAUGUUUAUGCUAAAAUUGUAAAAACCCCAUUAAUAAUGAUGCAUACUAAACUAGG